AUGCAGAUGCCCUUUUCCUGCAACACAAAGAUGAUAAGAAUGGCAGUCGGAUGCUCUUGGAGGCUGAGUGGGAUUUCAGGGGAUGGAGAGCUGGGCGAUAAAGUGAAAGGACACUUCUGAAGCCGACGUUUAGGUCAGGGCUUAAUCAAGAGAGCAGUGAGGGGAAGGGAAGAAACGUGGCCUCGCACCCAGGGCCAGGGCUGCGCCAGCCCAAGAUGGCAGCCCAGUGCAGUCUUUGCGGCCUCAGAGCAGAACCACCUACCUCUUGAGCAAGAGUCCCACAUCCAUUUGCUUCUCUGCCAAUCCAGCUCCUCCCCAUCCUUUGAGGCCCAGCUGAAGCCCUACCUUCUUCAGGUCGGAGGUCAUCUGGUCCAGCUGCCUUCCAGACAACCACAAAAUCCCUGAUGCUCCAUCCUUGACAGUUUUUUCAGCCUCUGCUCAAACUCUCCUGUCACCGUUUUCGGAGGCAUCCACCCGUGUCCUAGUUCUCAGUGACUUUCUCUAAAUGAACCCGCACUGGUUCCUACCAGUCACUUUUAAAUUUUGCAAAUAGUCACCAAACAUUUGCUUAGGAAUAAUUUUCAGAAUGCUGUAAUGUACCGUUGAUCCUCAGGUGCUGCCAGAAGGUAUAAAUAUCAGGAUUUCCUCUCUGACCCGUGGGUCCUACCUUCAGAUGUGGGUUGGGGGGGUCUAGUGGUCGAGCCCCACCCAAAGCAAAGUGUGCCCUUGCCCCCGUGUCCCCAGCUGCUGGUCUGCUAAGGCAUGAUGUGAACUGUCCAACGACAGGCAAGUCGGGAAUGACGGUUUAUGAUGGUUGCAGCCCAUGUAAAAGUCUAACCUUAUGGCAUAUGUCUUACCUUCCUCACCAGUCUGUAAGAUUUCUCCGUGGACAAUGGCAGCUACAAUUCAGGCCAUGGAGAGGAAGAUCGAAUCGCAGGCUGCCCGCUUGCUUUCCCUAGAAGGUCGAACCGGGAUGGCCGAGAAGAAGCUGGCCGACUGCGAGAAGACGGCCGUGGAGUUGGGGAACCAGCUGGAGGGCAAGUGGGCGGUGCUGGGGACCCUGCUGCAGGAGUACGGGCUGCUGCAGAGGCGGCUGGAGAACGUGGAGAACCUGCUGAGGAACAGGAACUUCUGGGUCCUGCGGCUGCCCCCGGGCAGCAAGGGCGAGGCCCCCAAGGAGUGGGGCAAGCUGGAUGAGUGCCAGAGGGAACUGUACAAGCACGUGAUGCGGGGGAACUACGAGACGCUGGUCUCCCUGGACUAUGCCAUCUCCAAGCCCGAGGUCCUCUCCCAGAUUGAACAGGGGAAGGAGGCGUGCAGCUGGCGUCGCGCUGGCCCCAAGGUUCCAGAUGUUCCUGUGGACCCGAGUCCAGGCUCAGGGCCCCCCGUUCCUGCCCCUGACCUCUUAAUGCAGAUCAAGCAAGAAGGCGAGCUCCAACUCCAGGAGCAGCAGGCCCUAGGCGUGGAGGCGUGGGCAGCCGGGCAGCCAGAUAUCGGGGAGGAGCCGUGGGGCCUCAGCCAGCUGGACGCCGGAGCAGGAGACGUCUCGACCGAUGCUGCCUCUGGCGUCCACUCCAACUUCUCAACCACUAUCCCGCCCACCUCCUGGCAGGCGGAUCUGCCUCCCCACCAUCCCUCCUCCGCCUGCUCCGACGGGACGCUGAAGCUCAGCACGGCCGCCUCCACGGAAGACGUAAAGAUUGUGAUAAAAACCGAAGUCCAGGAAGAGGAGGUAGUGGCCACACCAGUGCAUCCUACUGACCUAGAAGCCCAUGCGACCCUGUUCGGACCAGGCCAAGCCACAAGGUUCUUCCCUAGUCCUGUCCAGGAAGGAGCCUGGGAGAGCCAGGGCAGCUCCUUCCCCAGCCAGGACCCCGUGCUGGGGCUGAGAGAGCCCACGCGGCCCGAGCGCGAGCUGGGCGAGCCCAGCCCCGCGGUGACCCAGGACGAGACCCCUCCAGGGGACUGGCUCUUCGGGGGGGUCCGGUGGGGCUGGAAUUUCAGGUGUAAGCCUCCCGCGGGCCUGAACCCGAGGACCGGGCCUGAGGGUCUGCCCUACUCCUCGCCUGACAACGGAGAGGCCGUGCUGGACCCCGGCCAGGCCCCGAGACCCUUCAGCGACCCCUGCAAGUACCCCGGCCGGACCAAAGGCUUUGGCCACAAGCCGGGCCUGAAGAAACACCCGGCGGCCCCCCCGGGGGGGCGGCCGUUCACAUGCGCCGCGUGCGGGAAGAGCUUCCAGCUGCAGGUCAGCCUGAGUGCGCACCAGCGCAGCUGCGGGGGGCUGCCCGACGGGGCGCCGGGGGCGGCGGGCGGCGCGCGGGACGGCAGCGGCCUGCGGUGCGGCGAGUGCGGCCGCUGCUUCACGCGGCCGGCGCACCUCAUCCGGCACCGCAUGCUGCACACGGGCGAGCGGCCGUUCCCCUGCACCGAGUGCGAGAAGCGCUUCACCGAGCGCUCCAAGCUCAUCGACCACUACCGCACGCACACGGGCGUACGGCCCUUCACCUGCACCGUGUGCGGCAAGAGCUUCAUCCGCAAGGACCACCUCCGCAAGCACCAGCGCAACCACGCGGCGGGCGCCAAGCCGGCCCGGGGCCAGCCCCUGCCGCCGCUGCCUGCCGCGCCCCCCGACCCCUUCAAGAGCCCCGCCUCCAAAGGACCCUUGGCCUCCACGGACCUCGUGACCGACUGGACUUGUGGCCUGAGUGUCCUGGGGCCCACCGAUGGCGGGGACCUGUGAGGCCCCCGCAGGCGACCCCCGCAGGCCCAAGUGUGAAGAGGCGAUUCUCCGGACAGCAGGGGGGUGCGGAAAGCUUCGAGGCGGAACGGAGCCUGGGGGAGAACCAGAUUCCCAGUUGCUGAACCGAUCACUGGAGCAGGAGAAACUAUCAGACAAUACAGCUUCCACCUCUAAACAAAGUAGAAUUCUCUGAUUGUGAAACUGAACAGCAUAGAAUUUUAAGUAAUUUAAUUACGAAAAAAAUUUUUUUUUAAUUCUUGAAGAAAAAGCCGGAAAACAGUAGUAGCACCAGUUUAAACUUUAUAGUGUACCUUUGGUUUCUGGAGUGCGUGUGUGUGUUGUGGGCUGUGUCCUUACCAAUUCUGACAGAGGGUGUGACGGAAGCUUGGCUGCCUGGGGACGCGGGUGAGGAGGGACCUGGACCCCCCCUGGCCUCAGUGACCCCGAGGGAUGGGCCGGCCUCUGCACACAGCCCCAGGGGAGCGGAGACCGGGCUCUGCCCAGGGCCCGGCUGGGAAGUAAGGCCAGCCGGGCGCCGCGGAAGCCCGGCCUCAGCUCGCGGGCGGGAGGACUGAGCAGGAGCAGCCCUGCGUCUCUCAGCACCUGCCUCUCG